CUUUACUGUUCUAACAUGGCAAAAUGUCUCACUUAGAAUUCUUGAAAGUAAAUUCCAGUAAUUUAGUUCAAGAGUUCAGACGUUUUAAUGUUAAUAUUGUUAACAUUAGAAUACUUAGAAGUCUUUAUUUGAGAAAACUGAAAGUGGCUGUUUUUCUGCGAACUUACCCUUCUCUUCAAGAAGGAACACUUUUACUUUUGGACAGUUUGGAUCCUAAUGUUGAAUUAUUGCGACCUUAAAAAGCUUGAAAUGUUUCGAGGAAUACAGAGAAAAGCGAAGCGUUCACUAUAUGCCAGCAAAGUUAGCUAAAACCAGCUAACGGUUACUAGCUAACAGUUAUCCUGCUAGCAUGAGUUUUCGUCUCUUGCUAACUCAGGGUAUCUGAGGACAGUGGCAGCGAAAACAACAUCCCUGCGGGCAGAAGCUCGUGCAGGAAUCAGGAGAGAAGCAGAACUGGACCUGGUGGACUGAAAAUAACAAAAACUCAGAGCAAAGGAAUUGUGUUUGGAGAGUUUCUGCCUCCAUCUUGAGACGAAAGAAUUCUGAGGAACAAACUUGCCUAGCUGGAAUGAAGGACUGACAACAAGCAGACUUGUGGAGAGAAGGGUAGCUGGAUGAACUUCUGUAGUGGAUGACAAGCAGAAACCAUGCUCCCACUGGUUUCUUGAUUAAUACUGAAGCACUGGCCUACACUACUCCUCAAGCCUGACUCCUUCUAAUUCCAGAGGAUGUCUAACCAUCAAUUCCAGCGUGUGCCCUACUGUUUAAUGAUGUGGGUGGUGCUAACCUCACUUGAAAGCAGGACUGAUCAGCUGGGCAAGUUCUGGAAACCAAUCCUGCUUCACAGAGAUGUCAAGUGGACACCUAACAGCUAGUUAGCUGUCCAUAUGGGCCAAGCGUCUAUGUUGACUUACAGACUGACCCAGAUUAUCUUUGCUGGAGGAUUAGAGCAAUGUCCCUGAGGAGGAGGAAGAGGAGGACGUCCCGUAUGGGCAGUAUUUGUGUUGUAAAGCUCCUGCAACUUUUCAGAACACAUUUCCCCUGCUGACUACAAUGCCUUCCACAAAGAGCUCUAAUCACUGGACGUUAUCAGAGUUCAUUGGGCAGCGGAGGCUUUUAGGACUUGGAGCUCUGCUGGCAUGGCUCGUCCUCUUUCAUCUCCUUGUGAACGUCUGGCUCCUCUGCGUCUUCACCAGUCUCUUGGUGGUUCUGGGGGGUUGGCUUGGGUCCCGUGCCUUACUGGACGCAAACAGCCUUCUCCACUUGGAGCACUUUUUGCCUCUUGGCAAAGUUAACCCACCCCUGAAUUCACCUGAACAUGAGUGGAGGUUGAACCACGAGAUCAACAGUGUUGUCCACAAAGCAGUGCGUGAUUUUGUGUCCUCGUGGUAUCGCACUCUACUGCCAGGGGUGGAGGGGGAGUUUGAACGUGCGGUGUGUGAUUCGAUGCUGGAGUCAGUGAUGGAGCUGAAGGAGCGUGCACGGCGAGUGGACAGAAAAGCACUGGUUCAACGGCUGCUAGAGCUGUACGGCUGUCACCUGCAGAGCUACAUGACUGCAAGACAGAUACAGUCGACACAAAAGGAGAGAAUCAGCCUCUGGCAGCUGUACAGUGAAGUAGAUGCCCCUCAUCCAGCUGUGAGCAAUGCAGUCGCUGAGCUCAGCUACUCAAGAGCUCUGGUAAACCUCGUCUUACAUGUGCUUGUUCCAUACCCUCAGAUGGAAACCAGGACAGGAGGCUACAUGGUUACAGAACUCAUCACCUGCAACGUGCUGUUGCCGCUUAUAAGCAGGGUGUCUGAUCCCGACUGGCUCAACCAGACCAUUGUAGACAUAAUCACCAGGUCCAGAGAACCACAGGAAAUCAGUGUGGAUGAACUCCCAGCUGCAGCCUCACUAUAUGGAUGUCAGAUCCUGCAGGAGUCCUGGACCACCUGCAGGUCCCUGUCUUCUUCUGAUCACCCUACCAGCAGAAGCACCUCUGACCUUGAUGAUCUGCAGAGCCAGAAAACCAUGUGUGAGAGGGAUUCCUCACAGAGCAGCAUGGUUAGCCUGACGUCUGCUGGGAAAGUAGAAGGCUGUGACGCAGGUUUGCUCACACCUUGCAAAGUGAACUGCUGUGCAUUCCCGUCUGGCCACUACUCCCACUCAUCAGAGCCCAAAAUAAUUUCACUUGACUCUCUAAUUCCAUCAGACUCUGAAGACGACCUGACAGGAGGCUUUUGCGAAUGUGGUCCUCCAACAAACUUCUGCAAUGUCAUGAAUUUAAAGGGUGAUGAGGCGUUCGGCUGCUUUGGUCCUUUGAAAAAUCUUGGGCCAAAGGUUGUGGUGCCUGAGGACUCCCAGUGGCCAGCAGGUAUGGCCCAAGAGAAAUCCCCAACGUGUUCACCAAGAAGAGUUUGUCUAACCUCAUGCAACUUUGAUACCUCCAGUAACCAAGCUACACCUGUCAACAUCCAGAAUGUGCAAAUUUCUGGCACUGUCACUGGGAAGGAGCAGCGUGGCACAGGCACACAUCCCUAUACUCUCUACACUGUAAAGUUUGAGACGAUGGCUGAAAACGGCGGAACUCUGCAACCUGUGUCCUGUCACACUGUCAACCGGAGAUACAGCGAGUUCCUCAACUUGCAAACACGUUUGGAGGAGAGGCCUGAAGUCAAGAAAGUAAUCAAGAAUGUCAAAGGCCCAAAGAAAAUGUUCCCUGACCUUUCGUUUGGCAGUGCAGACAGCGACAAGGUUGAAGCCCGUAAAAACCAACUGGAUACGUUCCUUAAACAAUUAAGCAGCAUUCCUGAAACAUCAAACAAUGAAGACAUGCAGGAGUUCCUGGCUCUUAACUCUGAUGUUUGUACAUAUUUUGGAAGACGGCCUUUUGUCAAGUCAAGAAUUGAUAAGAUGGUGGAAAAUGCUUUAGACACCUUGAAGACGGCUUUCCCUCAUCCUGAGCCCCUCAGUCCGACGGAGGACCUUGAGGGAGAUGCUGAUGGAAGAACAAUGGACAGCAGAAAGUACAGGAGGCUUAUGUUCCCAAGCAAAGUUUCCCCAUCUCUUAAUAUACCUGACAUACACCCUAAAGUGACCUACUGCUUCAGUGAAGGCAGCUCUGUCCUCAAUGGCAUGUCACUGUCUAGCCUGGAGGGCUUUGUCAAACAGCAGGAAAGACGUUUAUGUGAGUCGAAUGGGAAGGAGACAGCCAAGCAGAGCUGUGAGCAGCCUGGCAAAGACAAGAAGACUUCAGGGAAAAGUCACGGGACAGACACAGCUGUGGCAGAUGUUGCUUUGAACAUUUUGUGUCUGCUGAUGAGGGACCAGUGGAGUUGGCUGUGCACUGAGAACAUACAGAAGACCAUCAGACUGCUCUUUGGCACCUUCAUUGAGAGAUGGUUGGAUGUAGGAGUUGCCCAUCUUACCAGUGCCCCCUGCUGGGUGAUUUACCUCCAAGUGCUGCAGGAAGCUGUAUGGCCAGGCGGCACACUGCCUGCUCAACCUCGGCCAGAGCGGAGUGCCGCAGAAAGAGAGGAAACCAAGGAGCAGUGUCUGGACUGUUUAAUGCAGCUGCUCCCAGAGCUCAUCACUGACAUGCUGGGAAGUGAGAAGUACAGACUGAGCUUAGAGACCAUGCUGGAGUCUUUACAGGACCACCAGAUAAACAAGCAUCUGAUCUACUGCAUCUGUGAUCUGCUGCUGGAGUUUCUGAUCCCUGAGUCGUGCAACGAGGCCUUCCAGAGGUCUCUGCUGCAGAGCCUGGCCAAAGACGCAGAGAGAGACAAUCUUCACACAUGAUCAGCACAUGAUAGCAUGUACUUCACAUGGAUAAUGUGCGGCACAUGUGUAUGAGGGUUAUUUAUAAUGGCCCAGAGUCACUAGAGUCAGCAGGGCGAUGGCACAGGAUAGCAGCAGCCAUUACCUGAUUGGCCGGCGGUAACAGAGAGCUCAUAAAACCUCCUUCCUCGUGACUUGCUGUGACAUAAAGAGGAGAAAGACGAGGAUUGUGUGAAUAUUUCUGAAACACCUAAAGGGGAAACAUCAGAGGGAAACAGCUGAUUGCACUCAACUACUGCUCUUAUGUUCAAUGUGCUUAUGAAGGAUCUACUGCAAACACUGCAUUAAUAAAUAGACGAAACACGCACAGGGUCUGAAACUAUUUCUUGUUUUUAUAGAUGCAUUUAUUUAUUAAUUCAUUGAGAUCUUGCUUUAAAUGUUGCAAAAGCUCUCCAUAGAGCCUGGAGAAAUUGAAAUAAUGUUUAUACAUUUAUUUAUUAUAUAAUGUAUUGCAUUGGCAUUUGUGGUGAUGUUUUAAUAUGUCCCAAUAUGCUUUUACCCGACUGUCCGUGGGAACUGUCUCAGAAAGAAUAAAUUAGUCAGGCCUCAAUAUUAAAAGCACUACAUGUGAAAAAAAGAUUUGACUCAUGUUCUUUCAGUGAUUCACCUAAAGUCCCAGACUGAAAUCGCAUCAAUAAAAAGUGACUUAACAUAAGUGAAUGCAGACAGUGUUAGUCUUCCCAUGAUCUUUUGACCAGCCUUUGAAAAGUACUCGCUGCUUCCCAGACCAUCUCUUUGAUGAGGCUAUAAUAGUGCGGGAGAUUAACACCUCACUGCCUGACUUAUGAAACCAUGGUGAAAGAUGUUCCUUUUAUAUU